AGGUCAGUGCCGCGCGGAACACGCUCCCGGAGCCGGGGACCUGGGAGCGACGGACGGGUGGAAGGGCUCUGGAGUUGAUGUUAGACUUGGGAAAAUUGAGCCUCGGAGUUACUGCCUCGGUUUCCUUAGCUGCGAAAUGCGUUAGCAGUGACGUUCCAGGGCUGCCCUGAGGUUGAAAGAUGAAGUGUCGAGAGGUGUAUGAAGUGCAAGCGCUGUACUAACGUGAGGGACUGCGCCAUAGUUGUGGGUAUGCCAUGGAAACAGGUAAAUUUUUCCAUAACCUUAUGGAGAGAAAGGACUUUGAGACAUGGCUUGAUAACAUUUCUGUUACAUUUCUUUCUCUGACGGACUUGCAGAAAAAUGAAACUCUGGAUCACCUGAUUAGUCUGAGUGGGGCAGUCCAGCUCAGGCACCUCUCUAAUAACCUGGAGACUCUCCUCAAGCGGGACUUCCUCAAACUCCUGCCCUUGGAGCUCAGUUUUUAUUUGUUAAAAUGGCUCGAUCCUCAGACUUUACUCACAUGCUGCCUCGUCUCUAAACAGUGGAAUAAGGUGAUAAGUGCCUGUACAGAGGUGUGGCAGAUUGCAUGUAAAAAUUUGGGCUGGCAGAUAGAUGAUUCUGUUCAGGACGCUUUGCACUGGAAGAAGGUUUAUUUGAAGGCUAUUUUGAGAAUGAAGCAACUGGAGGACCAUGAAGCCUUUGAAACCUCAUCAUUAAUUGGACACAGUGCCAGAGUGUAUGCACUUUACUACAAAGAUGGACUUCUAUGUACAGGGUCAGAUGACUUGUCUGCAAAACUGUGGGAUGUGAGCACAGGGCAGUGCGUUUAUGGCAUACAGACCCAUACUUGUGCAGCGGUGAAGUUUGAUGAGCAGAAACUUGUGACAGGCUCCUUUGACAACACUGUGGCCUGCUGGGAAUGGAGUUCCGGAGCCAGGACCCAGCACUUUCGGGGGCACACAGGGGCCGUAUUUAGUGUCGACUACAAUGAUGAACUUGAUAUCUUGGUGAGUGGCUCUGCAGACUUCACUGUGAAAGUAUGGGCUUUAUCUGCUGGGACAUGCCUGAACACACUCACCGGGCACACAGAAUGGGUUACCAAGGUGGUUUUGCAGAAGUGCAAAGUUAAGUCUCUCUUGCACAGCCCUGGAGACUACAUCCUCUUAAGUGCAGACAAAUAUGAGAUCAAGAUUUGGCCAAUUGGGAGAGAAAUCAACUGCAAGUGCUUAAAGACACUGUCUGUCUCUGAGGAUAGAAGUAUCUGCCUGCAGCCAAGACUUCAUUUUGAUGGCAAAUACAUCGUCUGUAGUUCAGCACUGGGCCUCUACCAAUGGGACUUUGCCAGUUAUGAUAUUCUCAGAGUUAUCAAGACUCCCGAGAUAGCAAACUUGGCCUUGCUUGGUUUUGGAGAUGUCUUUGCCCUGCUGUUUGACAACCGCUACCUAUAUAUCAUGGACUUGCGGACAGAGAGCCUGAUUAGCCGCUGGCCCCUGCCAGAGUACAGGAAGUCAAAGAGAGGCUCAAGCUUCCUGGCAGGCGAAGCUUCCUGGCUGAAUGGACUGGAUGGGCACAAUGACACGGGCUUGGUCUUUGCCACCAGCAUGCCUGAUCACAGUAUUCACCUGGUGUUGUGGAAGGAGCACGGCUGAUGCCAUGAGCCACCACCGCUGACUGACUUUGGGUGCCGGGGCCGCAGGGUUUGAGUGCAACCUCUAUGGCAGCCGACUGCAUGAACCAAAGUUCUCACCUAAUGGUAUCAUCACGCAGUGCACAAUCAUUUACCUAUGUUUGCCAGGGGGCCAGGGCUCUGGGUGGGGGAGGGCUCGUUUUACUGACAUACAUCACAGCAUGCUAAUGGAUACAACAUCGACUUCAUUUGUAUUUAGUUAUGUUGGUCAGAGUAAGAGUAUGCAUUUUGGGUUCAUCUUUCUUGAAUAUUGGUUUUAAGUAAAGAAAUUUAAAUGGUUCAUUAAUAUGCUAAUUGGUUGCCUAUAAAAACACAUUCAGUCUAUUAUUAAAGCUUUUUACCAUUGCCUUUUUUUCUUUUG